UUGCGGUCCUCCCUGUUCCUCCCUGUUCCUCUUCCUCGUUUCAACUUCCUCCCAAUCAGUGCUCCUUCUUCCCUCUUCAGCGCAUAAUCGAUAGGUGCCAAAAUUGGUCUGACGGGAACAGAUGUCCAGUUCAGAAUUCCAGAAUAAUGGUCCUCCUCCUCCAUAUUCUCCGACCGAAAGGUCCCCAAAUUAUGGAUCCUCGCGCAAUCUUUAUCAAGGCUCGGUAACCCGUCCAGGAGCUUCGAUGAUUACGAACGUUACCUUUGUAUCACAACGCACACCUUUACUUCCGAGGUCUUCAGCAACAUCGAACCAUACAAAACUACGAUUAAUGUUCAGGUUUAUGCUUAUAACCGGCAUAUUUUUCGUUGGGAUGAUCACUUUCUACUCUUUCGAACGUUUUUUCGCGGUUCCGACAUCCUGGAUAAACCUCACACCCUCACCCGAAUGCACCUCAAUUGGCGCUCGAACUUACACCGGCAUACUCUCUUACAUGCCAGAGGGCUACCAUCCCUACGUAUUUUGCUCAUUCAUUCCCGUAACCAUUCACGGCAGAAAGAUACCCCGUCCUCUUUCCUGUUACUCCGAACCCUUUGAACGCGAGGUCGAUUCACCGCCCCGAAACGUCACCCAUACCAUCACGCGAGGGAAAUGGCUUGUUGAUUUUGGGGAAGGAAGCUGUAUUCCAACUUGGGAUCCCUUACCAUCCGGCGUACCGAAUCCAACACCCGAUCCAGGAUGCCAUUCUUACCGGAUACGCGGAUACACGGCGUUCAUGUCACUCUCUCGCAUACCACCUGGCCUUGAUCCUCUUCAUUCGUGUCGAAACACACCUGCUGUUAUUAAUGGUCACCGGGUCCUUCCUGAGCAGUGCCAGCUCGAGCAGAUAUCCAACGGCGAAAUCCUGCGAGCACGGUUCAUGGUUGAAGAACCGAGCUGUACACCUGUGUGGACGGAUGUACGACCGGAUUACCAAUGCGCGCGUUAUGGGGUCAAGCGGUUUUAUGGGUCGCUAGCGGGAAUAAAGGAGUUGGAUGGGCUCAAAGUGUGUAGGGAGGUGCCGUAUGCAUUCUUCGGGAAGGAGAUGAGGAAACCGGAUUCGUGCGAACGUGAUGGGUCGGGAGGGAUAAGAGGGAUUUGGGAGAUCGAUUUCAAUGUUCCGGAGUGCCACCCUAUUCUGAGAGACUUGAGGGAUAAGGGCUGCGCUGGCACUAGAAAUAAGCGGGUUGAAGCUCAAGUGGUUGACAUCGGGAAACAUGAAGAUUGGUACCGAAUGUGUACUACUACUCCCUUGCGAUGGGACGGUGUUGUCUAUUACCCCACUCAGUGUGAGAGUAGGACGAUCUGGUUCUUCAACUACAAAGUUGCUCUAUACGAUAUAUACGAUCCUUCGUGUCGGUGAACUCGAACCACAACCCACCGUCUCCUACUUUCUUGGCUUACCACAAUGUUUUUUGUCGUCACCAUAUCGUUCCGAAGUCUAGCUCUCUGUACAAUAUACUUAGCCAAAUUUCCAUCUUUUCCACGACUUUCACUACAUCUAAGCCUGUACAUCAUGGUCAAUCAAACUAUCAUCGGUAUUCGCAAGUCGACAUCAGUAGGCUCGGUGAUAACAAUAACAAUCUAAAUCAGUCCACAUCCAUAGGA